AUGCCAUUAUACAAGGAAGAUAACUUUCUUAUAAUACAGCCGGGUUCUGAAUAUACCCUUUUCACAUUUGGCUUGAAAGAUUCCCUAUCACCACCACAAUUCAAAAUCCCAACCACUGUAUACAAAGAACAAGGCACCAACCAAUACUUAUCUACAGCAAGUGAGACCACGACACAAAUAAACCCAAUUAAACAGGGCAAAAUCGUUGACUUGGAUGCAUUCAAUGCAUUGAUACAAAUUGUGUUGUCAAGUGUCAUUCAACAACACCCCAUUUUAACAAUUAAUCAAAUUCCGCUUUUAAUAAUUGUGCCUUCGUUAACAUGGUCCAAGAGACAACUAGAAUAUAUCACCAAGUUUGUGUUUGAGAAUCUAGAAAUUACUGCUUUCAAUAUCUUGGAUUUGAGUCUUGGUGCUACUUUUGGCUUUGCCAAUACUGUCAACUCGCUAGUAGUCAAUAUCGCCGAGGACUAUAUACAAGUUGUACCAGUUAUAGGAUAUCAAAGUGUCAAGUUUGCUGGUGAGUACAUUCCUGGCAAAGGUGGUGUGAUAUUGGAUGAAGAUUUGAGGGUAAAGUUUCCUAAUUUUACACUGCAACAGAUUGAGGAUUUGAAAUUUAGUGGUAUAUUUGAGUUUCUCCUUGAAGGGGAGGAAUCAAUUGGAGACAUUGAUCCAGAUGCAGAUGUUGAAGUUGAGGAUCCAAGCGAGUUUGAUGUGGCAAAAGUAUUAACUGAUGAAAAUGGAAAGCAAAAGGAACAGGUUGAUGAACAACAAGUGAAAUCGAAUAAAGAAUUGGACAAGAAUUACUUUAUUGAUUCGUCCACACAGGAGAAAAUUUGGGUGGGCAAAGAACGAUUCACAACUGAGUCAAAUCUAAUUAGCAUUGUUGGUGCUGCUAUCUACAAGACACUUUUGAGAAUUAAUGAUCUUGACAAGAGGCAAGAUUGCUAUGAUAAUAUUAUACUUGUUGGCUCAGCAGUGCAGGUUCCCGGUUUGAAACAAAAGAUUUACUCCCAUUUAGUCCACGAAUAUUUGGUUAAAGAACCAGUUGCCACAAAUGGAGCUGCAAACUCACAACACAAUAUCAAUGCUGCCAUUGCCAAGUACCAACAGAAUGAAGAUGCACAGGAGGGAGAGUCACAACUGGCUUUGAGCCAAGUGCCAUAUCGUAUCCGAUUUGCGAAAGUACCUGACUAUUUCCCUGAAUGGAAAUUGCCAAAGGAGAAAGGAGGAUCGUGGCAUGAUUUUUUUUUCUUAGGAGGUGAAAUAUAUGCUAAACAAAUUUUCUCGGGAAGUUCGCAUCAUCAUAAUAAAGAGUUGUUUGUUUGCAGUGAGAUGUAUGAAGAAAGAGGUCCACAAAGUAUCUGGGAUGUAAGUAUUUAG